AUGGUUAAAUUGGAAGAAGUUACAGACGAAAAGGUCGGCGUUUUCCCAAACGGAACUGAAGACGAGGAAGUCUUCCCAAAGGAGCCCGAAGCUGCUGCUGAUGAAGGAUCCGAGUCCGAGGAUGACGAGGAUGACUUCGAUGAGGAGGAGACCCUAUAUGAGAGAAUCAUUGCUUUGAAGCAAAUCUUUCCAAAAGAGCAAAGAAAUCUCGCUGCAUCUGCCGUUUCAACGGCCUCUUCUUUGCUACACAAGGGAGGCAACCUGUUAUGGAUUGUUUCGUCCUCGGUCCUUUUGCUGAGUUUACCAUAUGCCGUUGCUCUUUCUUCUGAGCAACAGCUCAUUGAGAUGGAGAAGGAAAUGAGCCUCCAACAGUCUUCCAACGAUGUUUUGGCUCCAGGAGCUGAUUCUGCAUUUGCGCCCGCGGCUGCCUAA